UUAGUAGCAGUAGUAACAGUAACAGUAGAGUGUUGUUGCCAUGUAAUAAAGUUCCUCACCUAGCUCCUCGCCCACCCCUCUCUCUCUCUCCUCUGGUUCCAUCUCUCUCUCUCUCUCUCUAUCUCUCUGCACUUUCAAGAUCUCGUUCUCUUUUUUCCUCCAUUUUCUAUCCCUAAAAGUUCUGCAAUCUUUCUUUUUUUUUCUCUCCUUGUAAAGUGAAGUUUUUAUAUUCGUUCUUCUAGAUCCUCGACCGCAUUUCAUGGAUCUGCUAGCCCACACACCUGCAUUGCUUCCUACUGUUUGUUCCAUUUCGUUUUCUCUCUCCUAGGGUUUUUACUGCUCCCAUUUUGCCUGUGUAUUUGAGCUGAAGUUAGUGCAUCAGUGAGCCAUGUGGUGCGGGAUUUGGAGCUCGCAUUGCGUCGGACAAGGUUGCUGCCGGCGAUUACUUCACCGCAACCCUUGUGAAUGUUUUCUUUGGCAGCUUUAUGUUGAGGCGGUUGAGCUCGUAGGCGGUGAUGGCUAUUGAUGAUGGUCGUUUCCUCUGAAAUUUGCUGCGUGGACACAAAAUGCCUUUCUCGAAUAUUCUGCAUCUUCUUCUGGUUCUUCUUCAUGUGGUCAAUUUGCUUUCCUUUUGCUCAGGACAAUCUUCACCACACAUAUACUUAUCUCCUUCCAUACAGCCAAAUCUGCAAACGACAAUGACAGAAAGCUCAACAGAAAAUGGAAGGUCAGAGUUAACGGGUUUUUCAUUUGCAUCUUCAAAAUUACCUGGUAACUGGAUAUAUAGGUCUUCUUUGGGACCAUCCACUGCUCCUGCACCAUCUCCAGUAGGUCCUAGGAAUGCACCUUUACCAAUUCGACACCGUCGACGGCAUCGUAUACGACCUCAUGUGGUUGCACCUACCCCAUCAAAAGACCAAGGUUGUGAUCAAAUAUGCAUGGAACCCCUUACUGCGGCUCCCUUUGGUUCACCUUGUGGCUGUGUGUUUCCCAUGAAAGUCAGACUUCUUCUGGAUAUAGCUCCAUAUGCUGUUUUUCCUGUGAUGAACGAUCUCGAAAUUGAGAUUGCAGAGGGUACUUAUUUGGAGCAGAGCCAAGUGAAAAUCAUGGGUGCAAGUGCAGAUAGUCAAAAUCAAGGAAGAACUAUGGUGGACAUAAACUUAGUACCUUUGGGAGAGAAGUUUGAUAAUACCACUGCAGUAUUGACUUACAGAAGGUUUUGGGAUAAAAAGGUGCAUCUAAACAUGACACUUUUUGGUGAUUAUGAAGUUGUCUACAUCAGCUAUCCAGGGAUUCCUUCUUCACCCCCAUAUGGAGGAUACAUGGGAAGUGCUCCUAGUGGAAGUGCUGGAGAUCUUCCCAUCACUGCAAAUUUCGUUAAUAAAAGCCAGAGGAUGAAUGUCAAAACGAUUGCAAUCAUAGCACUUUCAGCAUUUGUUGUGUUAUUAGUGUUCAUUGGAGCUCUUUCCAUCUUGGUAAAAUGGAGAAAGGUCGGAAGACCGUCUAGUGCUGUUGGCCCUGUCUUCACAUCAUCUAUUAACAAAAGAUCUGGAAUAGGAUCAACUUUAUCAAGUAGCAUUGCAAGCUCCACCUCUGUUUCCAUAAUUUCCACAAUGCCAACCAGUAUUCAAUCUGUUAAAACGUUUGCACUUUCAGAACUUGAGAAAGCAACAGAAAAGUUUAGUUCAAAAAGGGUCUUAGGCGAAGGGGGAUUCGGCCGAGUUUUCUGUGGAAUUUUGGAAGAUGGAAAUGAAGUUGCAGUUAAGUUGCUUACAAGGGAUAAUCAGAAUAGGGACCGGGAAUUUAUUGCAGAAGUUGAGAUGUUGAGUAGACUGCAUCAUCGCAACCUUGUGAAACUGAUUGGGAUAUGCAUUGAAGGUCGAACUCGCUGCUUAGUAUACGAGCUUGUCCAUAAUGGCAGUGUUGAGUCCCACUUGCAUGGCAUUGACAAGAGAAAAGGACCUCUCGACUGGGACGCACGGUUAAAAAUUGCUCUUGGAGCAGCAAGAGGUUUGGCAUAUCUUCAUGAAGAUUCUAAUCCUCGUGUCAUCCACCGCGAUUUCAAGGCAAGUAAUGUUCUAUUGGAAGUUGACUUCACCCCCAAGGUUUCGGAUUUUGGAUUGGCUAGGGAAGCAACUGAAGGAAGUGAACAUAUAUCGACACGGGUCAUGGGAACUUUCGGGUACGUUGCACCUGAGUAUGCAAUGACUGGGCACCUGCUCGUCAAAAGUGAUGUUUAUAGUUAUGGAGUUGUGCUACUUGAGCUUCUUUCGGGAAGAAAACCGGUCGACAUGUCCCAACCACAUGGCGAGGAGAACCUCGUUACUUGGGCUCGGCCUCUGCUGACCAGUAAAGAAGGUUUGGAGCAACUAGUAGAUCCUUCUAUAGCAGGUAGUUAUGACUUUGAUGACAUGGCCAAGGUGGCUGCCAUUGCUUCUAUGUGUGUUCAUCCGGAGGUGACCCAGAGGCCAUUUAUGGGAGAAGUCGUGCAAGCUCUAAAGCUAAUAUACAACGACACAGACGAGACAUGUGCAGACUGCUGCAGUCUAAAGGAGUCCUCUGCUCGAGACUCGGAUUUCAAAGGCGAUCUUGUGCCAUCAGAUAGCAGUUGGUGGAACGCGGGUGGCUUUACUCCUCGGUUGACAUUCGGGCAAGCCUCUUCCUUCAUCACCAUGGAAUACAGCUCUGGCCCUCUUGAAGAGAUGGAAAACAGACCGUUUUCAACUUCAAGUUUGGUUGGGGAUGAAAUAUCAUUGCCUAUUCGGCAUGGAAACAGGUCCGGUCCCUUGCGAACCGCCCGAAGCAAGCCUGCCUUCUAUAGAUUUUCGGGAAGCAGGAGCGAGCAUGGGGGACUUCUUUCAAGGCCUUCUUGGAACAACGGGUUUUGGGUUUGAGUUUCUUUCUUUAAAUCUUCGAAAAAACAAGAAUGCUUGGGAGAGCAAUGGCAGCGGAUGAGCGCCAUUGGUGGCCCCCUCGACAGCUCCAUUCUUGAUCAUUUUGUGCUGUGUGGAGCUCUCAAGGGGACAUUGGUGGCUGAUCCUUCUGCGACUCUUUAAAAUGUACAGUUAACUCUCUGAUUCAUAAGCGCUGUCAGGCUUGGAAGUUAAAAGUGGUUUUUCAAGAGAGAAGGGAAGAAAGAGAGGUAAAAGUAUUGGGUUUUGGAAUUAUUGAUUCAUUACCAUACGAGUUAGAAAUGUAUUCUGAAUACUCUCUUCUAUCAUAUUUUCUGACAAUUUUUGCAUCGAUGAGCCUCUGUGCUUGUAUCAAUUGACAGAUCUCACCAUGCA